AUGGGCAACACUCCAGCGUGUUCAUCAAAACCUUCGCCGAUGAAAAACAACACUUCACCAUUGUAUAAACUCAAAGCAAGUAGUCCAUUACCAGCGCGUAUUCAUCAUUACAAAGAGCAAACGUCUAUUCAACCAAUGUUUUCUCCGUCGAAAACUAAAGAGUUCUUCUCUCUUGCGUUGUCAUUUCAAGUCGAAUUAGACUUGACACAUAUCAAAUGUUUUGAACCAAUUCAGAUCGAACAUCAUCAUACGUCGAGAAUGACGAAAUGA